AUGUCCGAAGUUCUCUGUUUGAAGCGGAUUCUUAGAUGUUUUGAAAUAGCUUUAGGGCUUAAAAUCAACUAUCAUAAAAGUGUGUUUUGUGGGAUUGGACUCUCUGAUCUAGAUCUUCAUGAGUUUGCCCUCUUACUUAAUUGCAAGGCUCAGAGAUUGCCAUUAAACUACUUAGGCCUGCCGUUGGGUGCAAGCCCUAGGAGAAAGAAGACUUGGAAACCUAUUAUUGACAAAUUCAAAAUGCGACUUGCUGGGUGGAAAAAGAGAUUCCUCUCUUUUACAGGAAGAUUAACAUUGGUGAAGGCAGUGCUAUCUAGUCUACCAGUGUAUUUCAUGUCUUUAUUCAAACUACCUGAAGUGGGCAAUGGUUGUAGAAUAAAAUUCUGGCAUGAUAAAUGGGGUAGAGAUAUCUCUUUUAAAGAUGAAUUCCCAAGGUUAUUUCAAUUAUCUAAUGAUAAGGAGGGAUCUAUUAGGGACCUUGUGGAGAUCAGAGGCAGCUCUUACAAUUGGCCACUCACCUUCAAGAGACAUCUAUUUGAAUGGGAAAAAGAGGAGCUACUUAGAAUUAAUGGAGUUUUAAGAGGAGCACCUGCAUUUAAUCUUCAGGUUAAUGAUUUGGCUCUUUGGUCUGCUGCUAAACCCGGUCAAACCCUUGUUUCUAUUUUCUACAACCAUACCAACCUUGCUCUUGGGCCUAAUGCCAUCUUCAGUAGAUGGGUGUGGAUUAAUUAUCUUUCUCCCAAAGUACAAUUCUUUGGCUGGCUUGCAUGGAGAAAUAAGGUUAAAACAUUAGUUUUCCUACAACAGCUUGGAAAUUUGGACAGAGAUUCUUCUACCCUAUGUACUUUCGGCAAGUCCCAGCAAGAAUCAAUUGAACAUGUGCUGAUUUUUUGCCCCAUGAGAAAUGAGUGUCUCUUCCAAGGCUCACAAUUACAGCUUCAGGAUCUUCAUGAACUCAUUAUCACCAGAUUAGCCUUCUGGUAUAAAGCUGCAUCCAAGAGAUGUCCAUUUUCAAUUAAUGACUUCCUUUCUAGCUUCCCACAAAUCAGAUAUUGCCUUGGUGCUAGCUCCUAG